AUGUCUCAUGAUAUGGUGGUGAAGGAUGGGAAUGGGAAUGGGAGUGUGCAGAUUGGCACUUCAUCAUCUGCGGAUGCGGAUGCUGCUGGUGCAGCGAUCAGACCUCGAACAAGGGGAAAGCGAGGCGGAGCGAAGAACAAGAAAUCGGCAGCUGUAGAGGAUGUUGUAGCAGCAGCAGCAGCAGCGCCGCAUCAACAUACGUCAGAGGUAGCAGGCACAUCAUCCACCUCUGCUCCCCUGUCGACCGAGGCUGCGCGUGCUGCGCCGGUGCCGGUGGGACAAGCAACGACGGAGAGUGUUGGUGCUGUUGUUGCGAAAAGCGGAAAGCCCAAGGCAGCGGUGAGGAGGGAUGAGGAUGGAAAGCUGAUCAGACCUCGUGGAAAGAGGGGAGGAAGCAAGAACAACAACAAAAAAGACGUCAGCAGCAGCAGCGGUAAAGAUUCGAAUCGCAAUUCGGCCAUCUCUUCCGCUUUCAAGAAAUCCAUCAAGAGCAAGUCCAAUGCCUCUUCCUCCUCUUCUUCUUCUUUGCACCAAAAUUCCACAUUACCAUCAGCGGCAGCAUCAGCUCACAGUCUGGCCAUAGCCCAGUGGCACGCGUUGGAAAAGGAACUGUCUCAACCCAACACCUCGCCUGCACGUAAACAAGAGAUUUUGAAGAGACAAAAGGAGCUAGGAGGAUUGAGGGCUUAUCAGGAUGCUUCGGUGGUGGGUGCCAAUCAUUUGAAGGCGGGAGAGACGGGUAAAUGGUGCGCUGAGAUGUUGCAAGAAGUUAGGGGAAAAGAGCCGGUGAGUAGAGUGUGCGAGUAACGCAGGGUCGAGGGGGCUUGUAGAGAGAGAGUGUGUGUGUGUUCGGGAAUGGUAAAACGCUCCAACGAUGGCUCUUCAGAGUGUAAAGCUCGCGCAUCGUUUUCCGUCCGACAUUUGCAGGGCUGACGCGCGCAAACGCUUUGCUUGCUGCUCCUUCCCCCCCUUCUUGUCUGCGUCUCGCCUCUAUCGCCCUUUGCAAAGCUGCAUCUCCUAGACGUGGGGGCUAUAGCAGGUACAGCGUACCUGAAAUAUCCGUGGAUAAACAGCACAUCCAUCGAUCUCGAACCUCGCUCCGAAGCGGUCAUCAAGUCGGAUUUCUUCGACUUUGCAAAACCUGAUCUGGACAGGCAACAAGCGGAGGAUGUGUGGAGCAAAGCGGCGGCGGCGGUGGAGGGGCGAGGCGAAGGGCAAGAUGUGCGGGUGAAGAGAUGGAGAGGAAAGUUCGAUGUGGUAGCGCUCAGUCUGGUUGUCAAUUAUGUUGGCGAUCUAGAACAGAGGGGUGAGUAGCGGGUUUCGAAAUUCGAUGCGCCCACACCUCCCUGCCUCAAUCCAGAGGCAUUUGUCUUGCCAGCGCUAAACGUCUCACCGUGAUUUUCGUUUUGUUUCCUCUUUGUUCUUUCUUCCUGGGCGGGGGCCAGGUCGGAUGCUGCUUCACGCGCAUCACUACCUCACUCCCACAGGCUACCUCUACCUGGUCCUUCCCAACGCCUGCGUCUGCAACUCUCGCUACAUGACGCACGACCGUCUGAGCUGCAUACUCGACUCGGCGGGUUAUAGGGUGGUGAGGCAGGACGAUAG